UCAUCAGGAAGGUCUAGCAGGUCUAGCAGGUCUAGCCAUUGAAGCCCGAGUCAGCCUCCGGCCUGGUCAAGCGGGCCAGACGGGUAUCCGGCCAGAUCGUCUUCAGCCCUCGCGUCCAGAUCGACUCGAAUCCCCAGCCCAGGCCAGGCCUCAGAGGUCAAACCGACGGAAACGCCCCCUUGAGAGCUAGGGCUGGGAAACGCCCUCGGUGGGUCAGGUGGAGGUGGCCGUGAAUGAGCAUGGUCUUGUACGAUCAUCCGCCGGAUGCGGCAGGCUCCGCCUUGCAGGUCCAAGUUCUGUACGAUUUCGAAGCCCAGCCCGACACGGGCGAAUUGUCCAUUGUGUGCGGCGAAGUGCUCACCGUCAUCCGCACCGAUGUCGGCGAAGGAUGGUGGGAAGGCAUGAACCCGUCCGGGGACACUGGACUCUUCCCCGAAGCUUAUGUUCGGGAAAUUACGGACGAUCCGGAUGACGGGGGUCCACCCUCCAUGGCUCCGCCGCCCCUACCGCCAGAUUAUUCUAGUCCGGGCUCGGACAACCACACGCAAAUGGGCUGGCAGGCGCCCGCAGCCAGUCACGCCGCUCCAGCUAGCACAGCCAAUAACGAUGAUUGGGGCAACGGGGCUUGGGGCGUGUCAGCCCAGCCCACGCCUGAUGCGGGGGCCGAUCCGUGGAGUCAACCGGCUGCCCCACCAGCGACUGCCCCUGUGGCCCCAACCCAGCCAUAUCAAAACAACCAGGCAUACGAUGAUGAUUGGGACAGCGAUUUUGAUGAGCCCUCGGCCUCGCACAACAAUAACCAGAUGCCUCCCCCCAACACUACGCCUGGGGGUGGGAUGUUGGGCGUGCCCAAGAACGCCCCUCAAACCGGCAGCAUGGGGGAUGUGAGCUCCAUUGGACGCUCGGACUCCAAGAAAGCAGGCACAGGAGCGGCUACAACUCGAACCAGCUUCAACCGAUUCUCGACAUUUGUGAAAUCUGGCGGCGAGAACUUUGUCCUCGGCAAAAUCAACGUCAAUGUGCAGGAAAAUGAUAUUAUUCAAGUUGUGGAUUCGGGGGAUGGUCGGUACUCUUGGCUGAAUGCACAACCACCCUUUUCGUGUUCGAUAGCCUCGCCCAAGAAAGAAUCAAAACUGAAAGGCUUAAAGAGCUUCAUAGCUUAUCAACUCACUCCUAGUUUCAACAAUAUCCAAGUCUCUCGUCGGUACAAACAUUUCGAUUGGCUUCAUGAACGACUCUCGGAGAAGUUCUCGUUCAUUCCGAUUCCUCCUUUACCAGACAAGCAGAUCCAAGGUCGUUAUGAAGACGAAUUCAUCGAGCAUCGACGGAAGCAACUCCAAAGCUUCGUGGACCGUGUGUGUCGUCACCCCAUUUUGUCUCAAAGCGAAGUUUGGCAGCAUUUCCUGACGUGCACGGACGAUAAGAAGUGGAAAGCGGGCAAACGAAAGGCCGAAAAGGACUCGUUAGUGGGUGGAGCCCUCUACUUGGCUGUACGGGGGCCCAACAAGCCCAUUGACCCGGCUCAUCUGGAGCGUGAAAUUAGCGUGUUUACCACGUUCUCGGCGAACAUGGAUGCCUCUGUCAAGAAUAUGGUUAAGGUGUGCUCGGAUCAGACACAAAAGUAUCAGACGCAUUUAAAACGAGAAUACAGCACGAUUGGAAAAAGCUUCACGCAAUUGGGCGAAUCCAUGCAAUUGAGUGGCGACAAUAAUGCGAAUAUCAAUCUCACAAAUGCUAUAACCAUGACUGGAGAGGCUUACGAGGAAAUCAGCGAGCUUUUCGAAGAACAACCCAAGAACGAUUGGGAGCGAUUUGGCGAUGUCAUGCACGACUAUCGAGGUCUCUUGGCUGGCUGGCCCAAUGUACUGCAAAUCCAUCAGGGUGCCGUGGGCAAGAAAAAAGAGUUUGAGCGAUUGGCUUUGGAUGGAAAGUUUGGUCAGGCCGAGCUCAUUGAAAUGGGAAACCGCACAGAUACAAUGUCCUAUGGGGUCUUGGCCGAGGUGAACACGUUCCAUGGACAGAGAACCACAGACAUGAAACUAGCUCACCAACAGUUCUUACAGGAACAAAUCACCUUCUACCAGAAGGUCACGGAAAAACUCCAAGAUGCCCUGAGGAACUUUGACAAUUGUUGAAAGAGAGAAAAUCUGCUCGCGAUCUGAAGAGCGAAUGAGAAUCGUGAUUGGCAUUCCAAGGACCUUCAAAGUUAAUGAAUUUAGAAGCCAAUUCGAUUGGCGUUGAUGAAUCACACUAUUAGCGGGAGAGUUAUUUUUUAAUCGAAUACGGUUUUACCAUUAUUGCAAUUAAUUUCUUCCACAUUAUCUAAAAAGUUCUUCAUGUUCAUUAUUCCGUUGUUCUCCCCAGUCUGUGAUUAUGCAUUGCGUUUUAACAAUAGCACCAGUAUCUAUUAUCCA